AUGCCUCCAUUGACAACUGAACCCAGCGAUGACGAAUCAGUCGGUAGUGACAUACCUGCGAAAGCAGUAGAAGACACGAAAGCGGCUGAGGAACAAGUCAAUGGAGAGCUACAAGAAAAAGUCGAAGAAGAGAAUGAUGCGAAAGAUGACGAAACAGAAGCCUCAAUAGAAGAAGAUGGAGUAUAUGAGGUGGAAGCUAUCAGGUCUCAUCGAUUCGUGAAGACAAAACUCUUUAUGAUAGUGAAAUGGAAAGGCUAUCCUGAGGAUCAGAACACAGAAGAAUCUGAAGAGAUGCUCAGAGAAGGUGCAUCUCUGGUCCUCUACAAUUAUUUCGAAUCGAUUGGUGGCCGACCUCAGCCACAGUCUAAGCUAGGAAAACGAAAAUCAUCAUCACAGCUUAAGCCGUCCUCAGCCUCACCUGCCCCCAAAAAAUCAAAACGAACAAACGGCAACACCGACGACGACUCAAUGGAAGACAUCUCUUCCCAGGGCAUUCAAAAGACAGGGUCAUGGACGCCGAAGAAGGAGAACUGGGAAAGCGAAAUAGCAUCAAUCGAUACGGUGGAGCGAGAUCGCGAUUCUGGCAAACUAUGGGCCUUCAUCUAUUUUAACAACAACAAGAGGUCGAAGGUCGGAAUGGAGAUGAGCACGUUCUCUUCUUCGACAGGCGGUGCCAUGUCAACCCUGCAUGUUCUGUUGUAUCGCUAUACGAAUGCAAUGCUGCAAUAUAUGUGCUUCGCUGGUAUCAAUCCGAUAUCUCAGCCCGAGUACUCGAUACAUUUCUGCCCAGCUACUUCAAGCGACCUUGUUCCUCUUCGCAUCCUCACCCUCAUCUCCUUUCUCCUUCCCUCUCCCAUCCUCAGCCAACAACCUCUCGACCACGGUUACCUUAUCCGCCAUCGAUUGCGACUUAUCGGUCCUACCGGACCAAUUCUCCCGGUCAGCUAUCUCAGCUCAAUCCUUGAUCUCUUUGUCCCCAUGUUUACCAGACCAGGCAGCCAGCAAAAAGAAGCCGAGCAAAGGGGGAAAGCGAGCUCACCUCGUCCCCACCCUGAUAUCCGUCUGCACCCUUACCACCCCCUUCUCAUGCAGCAUCGUAUGUGCUUGGCCGAUGAGGCGCAUCACUUCGUCCCAGGGUCCUUCUACGGUGGAGACAAAACCACGUUAGUCACAAGCCUGUUGCGCUCGCGGGCUGAACCCAUGACAUCAAAGGUUAACAAAACGCUUCGAAGAGCCUACGCACGGCGAAGCCACGAAGAGACCAACAGGUCUAGAUGUCAAGACAGAAAGAACACCCCUCUCAGCGACCUAGAAUGCAGUAAAGACACAGUCGAAAAGAGCGAAAUCACAAACACCCUCCCAGCAAAAUUCUCCGCAAGCUCAUCACCACCACCACCACCACCACCACCACCACCACCGUUCAAAAUCUAA